CGACGCUUAAAAUGUGUAUUCAAUGCAUCAAGGGAUUAAUAGUCGAUAUGGACGUCGCCCAGUGUUAGGAAUGAUCGAUUUGCUUAAAUGGCUAUGGAAGAUACAACCAAGUACGGGACGUCGACCGUCCUUUUAACAAGCGUCAGUGAUGCUGAAGAAAAACCCAAAGAGUUGGAAGGAUUUCCUUGUAUUUCGCCCAUGGAUGACGGUGAGUUAACUGUGUAUUGAUUCCAUUCGUGACAAUCUCGGCGGGAAUUUGUCAACGAUCGGACGAUUAUUUUGUUUUGACAGCUGAGAGGGCUAAUUUCGGGCCACUUUUGUGAAAGUUAUUCAAUAAGAAUUUUAUUGCUAUUCAACAGCUUUCGAUAUGCGCCAUAUAAGUCUGUACCAGCCUAGAUCAUGCCGAAUAUUUUGCAGAGAAGUUGGUAGAUCUGUCUAUGCUUGAAGCGCUAAGAUUCGUGUUUUUCCUUGUUUGCCUCUUCAGUUUUCACACUUCAAAAUAUGACAGUCAUAUGAUUGAUGCUUCAUGAUGCACCAGGGACGUUUUAUUUAUUAUCCACGGAAGAGAAAAUUUGAAUGUUCCUGUUCUAUUUUAGGAAAAUAUCCAAAUGGAAUAAUUUAGUCUAAAUUUAACAUAAUUGCACUUUACAAUUUUAACCAUGGUUAGUUAAUUCUGAUUGACCCACUCAGGAACACGCAGGCUUAGGAAAAUAAACGAAAAGGAUAGUGUUUUUGGAGGCCGAUUCGGAGCGAAGGAAAUUUUAUCUCCACAUAGUCUUUUUUUUUCGCGAACAACACCUGUUAGAAUCCGGCUGAUAUCGAGGUCGCCUUCGAUUAAAAAAAAGUCAAUUCUGAAUAAUAUUAUAAUUGUGUUCAUUCCGAGAAGAUGACGUUUGAACGCCCUUCGUAAACCACAUUUAAAAAUUAAUGAAAUUUUAUUUAACAUUAAUGCUUCCCCAAAGAGAUUCAAGUGGUUUUCCAGUUAAAAUGAUAAUUAACCUGUGUGCAAUUUGACAUUUCUCCAAAACGCGAUAACUUUAUUUCAAGCUGUGGUCUUCAUAUUGUAAAAUGUUUUUCAGAAAUUUUCCAUCUGUUUGGAAAAGCGAGGCGAUAAAUUUUAUCUAGUGUAAAAGUUGUCGCAUUACAAGUUAUUUAGCAAGUUUCUUUAAAAGCCGGAACAUUUUUUCUAUAAGGAAGUAAUUUUUUUUCCUAUCUUGGUCAUAUGCAAAAAUUUCAAUUUUUGUGAUUUGUUUCUGUUGGGCUUACUCAUUAAAUGACAAAGCUUAAAAUGUCCUGAUAAAAGCUGAGUUGGAUUAAAAUUAAACCAGUAGAAGCUGUAACAUCUGUUAACCAAAUGUCUGACUUCUCACCAGAUUUGUCAAUUCAAUUUCAUUUAAACUCUUUCAAUUGUUCAUGGUGAUGUGGUCAAAGAAGCUUUACUCAUGGUUGGUUUCCUUUGAUUUGUGAUAUUCAUAAUUAAUGAGUUUUCUUAAGCUGUGAUAAGUUGGCAGAUUUAUUGCAAAAAUUUCUUUAGUUUGAGGGAAGCCUUUUUCCUCUUCAUACUGUAUAAUUUAUUUGGAUAUCUGUCCAUUACUAUGUUUGCUUUGUAUGUUUUUUCAUCUUGAGGAAAGCAUAUAAUGUUUAUUUUAAUUUUGAAUAAAAUACAACAAACAUCUAGAACCUUUGUAAUUACCAUUUCACUCUGUGAUGUUAUGACAAACAUAUUUCUACCUACAAUAUUAAUAAAUUUUAACCCUUUAACCCUCCCAGAAGUGAUUAAGAUGUAAAUUCUGCCCAGAGUAUCCAUACAUUAUCUAGCAGACUGGUAGUGAGAAUACUCAAACUUAUCAGGUACAAGAUGUUAUCUUGAUGGAACACUAAAUUCUUGCAACCAAUUUACAAGGAAAUGUGUUGCAGCUAGAGGGGAGAAAUAACCUUGUAAAUUAGUGGGCUGUCAGUAGCACUGACUCUUUUUAUUCAUUUUCUCUUUGCAGAUUAUCUUCUCCAUAAAGAAAAGCAGAUGCCAACACAGUUGAUGGAUAGGUGGAGGAAGGCAGCCCUUGUGAUAUCAUAUGCUUCUGUGUUUACAACUUUUGUGAUUGGAGUUUGUGCAUUUGGUAUGAGUAUGUUUUAUAAACAAAUUUGAUAACUCCCUGAUUUUAUUAGUCUCCUGUCUUGCUGAAUUGCCAUUAUCUAUUUUCACAGUCAUCUCUACCUUGGCAAGAAGUUCAGCUGCUUUUGGUUUUGCUGUAAGUUGUUUUGUUGUUAAGCAAAAAAACCAUUUGUUGCACCAUCAGCAUGAAACAAUCUUACUGACUGUAUCUUUAAUUUUCUUUUUCAGUUUGAUUCACUACUAGAUGUUUGUUCAUCAUUAGUUGUAAUUUGGAGAUUCUGUGGUUUAGCUGGACAAACUUACUCUUGGGAGAGAGAAAGAAGGUAAACAUGAUCAAAUCUAUGUACAUGUAAAUAAUCAUGUUAGAAAAUCAAAAAAUUUAUUUCUCUGAGAAUCUUUUUUUUCUUUUUAGGGCAUGUAUAGCAAUUGCUGCAUUAUUUGUGUUAUCUGGUACUGGAAUAUUUAUUAGAGCAGUCAGGUCAUUGAUUGUGGAAAAGCAUCCUAUAAGGGUAAGGUAACAGCUUAUCACCUCAUUCAAUUACCUUCUUCGGUUUUGGUUUUUAGCUACAUCAGUGUGGGAGUUUCACAAAGUAAUUUGGUUGUUUCAACCGAGUUGAAAAUGUAAAUUGGCCUCAGUAGAGUUUCAAAGCUGAGGUUUGCAAGCAAGCAUUGGUCCUUUGCAAUUCACCCUGACCAAAAGAUAGCACUCAAAACAUUACCAAUUUACACUAUCAACUCAAUUGAUAAAACCAAAUUAUCAUGAAUGCUAAAUUCCCCUGCCUAUUCAGCACCACAGUUCUUUAGAAACUUUUAUUACUCAAUUUUCUUAUUGACUCGGCUCAGAGGAACAAAGCCAAUGGAAACUAACUACCACCUCAGUUGGCAUAUCUCUUCAAGCUGUGGGCAGGUAUGGCCUGCCUUGCUCACCUUGUUGUCUGCUUUUCUUCUUUGGCUAUUCUGGGAACAAUCUUGACUCCCCAUCCCUUGUGGGUUCUAACCCAGUGCAUGCUUGGUAAUUAUAAUAAUAAUAAUAAUUAUUAUUUUAUUCUUUUUACUUUUCAAGGCUGUACCUCAUCCAACCCCACGUAAUUAUACUUAAAUUCCUUUAGAAAUGGGUGAAUGCCUGAGGCCUUUUUCAGAUGCCCUAUGUGUACUUCACACGAGUGUAUAAUUUUAUGGCAUCUGCAUCCCAAACUGAUGUAAAUUUGAAAUAAGUGACUCUUCUUAAAAGAUGCUGAUCUUAAUUCUGGAGGACUUACCUUAUACUGAACAAAAAGUUCAUGUGCUGUACAUUUGUUUAAUGUAGUUCACAGGUGUUGAGGCAAUUUCUGGUGUCAGUUUAGUGGCAUUUACAAUUUUAGCCUGGAUAAAAUUUGCUACAGCUGAAAAACUACAUAGUGAAUCUCUACGAACUGAUGGUAUGGUUAGAACAAAACACUAUGGUGUAUUUUAUUUUUCUUCUGACUAUUCCUAUUAAUAGAAAUAUCUUGCAUCCUUCUGACUCUGUUUUCUUAACUUAGUGAAAUGAAAUUGUGCAAUUUUUAAAAUGCAAAUUAAAUUUGCAUGAUUUCCAGUUCAAUAAAGAGAGUUUUAAAAUGGUUGAUUUAGAAUCAAGGAUUCUUAAUUGACUAACAUUUUAAAUAGGAGAUCAAACCUUUUAAAAGGUUCAACCCUGCUAUCAAGAAUUAAUUUCAAUUGGAUUUGUUGUUGUUGUUGUUUUUGUUGGCAGGGUAUGGGGAAAGGAUUCAGGACAAAUGAUUAUGUACUUUCAUUAUCUAAUCAGCAAGAUUGAAAAAAAUCCUGAAAUAUCAAGCAGGUGUAUUUCAUACAAUACUAUGCAAGUGCUAAAGGCAAAAUCAAGCUUUCUGGCUUUCUGGGAGCUAUCAUCUUGGAUCAGUUACAAUAUUUAUGUGAUUGGGUUUAUGUACGGGGGAGGGGGGGGGGACAAAGUGAGUGCCACUUAAGUACUAGGCCCAGUUUUAUAAAGGGUGGAUAACGUUAUCCAACGGAUAAAUCGUCAUCUAGCGGACAAGUGAUAGCAAAACGUAUAGUAUUAUCCACGCGAUAGAGAUUUAUCUGGUGGAUAGGGUUAUAUAACCUUUGAACAACCAGGGCCUGCAGUCCACUUAACUUUUGGUUCCAACUGCCUACCAAGACGUUAGUGAUCAUUGUGUUACAAUACUGACAUCAUUGCAUCUCAUUUACACCACUCUAUGGUUUCCUUUUCAGCUAUUAAUUCUACAGCGGGUGCAAUCAUGGCACUGGGUAUCAUUAUAAGUACAAUGGUCCAUCAAUACAGCAGCAGUAUAUGGUAUCUGGAUGCAUCUAUUGCUCUCUGCAUUGCAUUAGGCCUGUUUGGUUAUGGUAUAAGGUAAGUAGCACUCUGUAACAAUAUUAUGUUCUACUGUCAUGGGCUAUAUUCGCUAUUGAUGCAUGAGAGCUAAGUUUUCCUUGGCAGGGUAUGAUGACUCCCAUUUCUGCAAGGGUUUAUCUUGGUUACAUUACUAUAGUGGGUAUGAACGGAUGAGGAGUAUUGCUCUUCACCCACCUCAAACCUCACCCUUUAAUAGCCCAAUAGUUCCCGACAGUUCAUCAGUAUCCAUUUAUACUCCUGGGUAGGGAGAGGCUAUGCAGUAAAAGAGCAAUACCCCACCCCCAACAGUUUCAAACAGGAGCUACAUGUAGGCCAAGGUAUAUUCUGUAUCUAAAGCUAGACUUUAUCAACCAAUCUCUCUCAUUUUUCUCCUAUUAACAGGUUAUUAGCAAAUCUUCUUUCUUCAAAAGGAAAAGCAGCUCCCCCCGCAUGGGAAGGAUUCGACUAGUACACUGUAAGCACCCUUAAAUAGUGGGGGAACCUUGACCAGCCAGGCAGGAGAAUUUUCUUAGAAAUUAGUUUUUACACAGUCAAGCUUCUGUUCUGUAAGGGAUUAAUUCCCUGUCCUGUUGCCACUUUUCUUCAAUUAAAGACCAGGACAAUGGAGAGGAAUGAGAAGAGAAAAUUUAGGAAGGACAAUGCUCCUGAGAACUGUAUGUUUUGCAUGAAUACCUUUGGCCCACAGAUGUCACUUUGUUUCCUUAUUUGUGUGUAAAAAGAAAGAGGAGUGUUAGAGGAUCAAGUUGAAAAAUCUCUAACUGUGGGGCUGUGCUUUGAAGGUGCUGGGUUAGUAAGAGCAACCUGUGGAUAACUUUUAUCAAUUUUCUUAUUAGAAAGCUUUUAAAAGUUAGCCACAUGAAUUUUGUGAGAGAAAAGUUUUCACUCACCUACUGAUUCUUCAUCGACUUUGGAUCACAGCUUUGAGCUGAUUAUUUUCAUCCCAUCUCAGUGAUGGGCCUAAAACUACUCUUUGACCCUUCAACCCUUAAGAGUGAUAAGCAUCCAAUUUCUCCCAAGACUAGCACCCCUAAAUCAAACAUUGAGGUGAUGGGAAUUGUAAACUGAUGUUAUGGCGUUAAGGUUAAUUUAAAGUCAGUGAAUAUAACUUUCUAUUUGCAUCGGCAAGGUAAUUUAUAACCAAGUAUUUUGAUAUGUACAUAGUGUAUCUAUUUAUCAAGUUCAAUAUUUUUUGAAUAAGAACUCAUUUAGGCGAUAUUAUUUAUGAGUGAUUUCUUUGCACUAUGUGAGGUAAUAUAUUCACAAUUUGUGCCUUCUUAAGGCAACAAAAAUUGCAAGAAAUUAGAACUCAAUGCUCAUGUGUAAGGAUGUUUUAAGUUAUUUUUACACGUAAGAAAAUUCAGGAAAUGUGACGUAGCCUUAUUUAUUAAAUAUUUAUUGUGUCUCCCACGUCAGUGACGAAAGCAAAUUAGAUGACCAUUAAGUGUCAGCUGUUCUGCUAUUUUUGGAGGCUUUUGUUGCCUGUUUUUUAUUUUUAUUAAUACAUUUUUUUUAUUUUCGGUUAACUAGACUUAUUAUGAUGGUGAAAUUAUCCCACAUAAAGAGAAAUAUGUUGAUUAUGGAACUUGGGAAUCUGUG